CCGCCGGCCGCCGUGACGCGUCAGGGAGGAAACGGUGGCGCCCAGCGGCCCUGCGGGGGAAAGAGGAAGCGCGAGAGCGCUCGGCUCCGCGCCCGCCGCGCCGGGAGGCAGCAGCACGCAGCUCAGCGCGAGAAAGUACACAUGGAGUGAUAAAGCUCCGACAAUGACGAAGAAGAAACAAAACAAAACAAAACAAAAAUAUACGAUAGUCAUAUGGACACCCUUCAACUAGAGAAACGUAGCUAUUACUUGUUGGGAGGAGUUGAGGAAGACUGUAGGAGAAAAUAAGAGAUGAAGUGGCCUUUUCCAUGAAGGAAAUGAGGUGAGCAUUGCCUGUUUCUGCCCUACUGUGUUGCCUGGAACAAACCUGGGACCUCUGGAAUGCAAAUCCCAUGUGCCACCUCUAAACUAUCUUCCUGUUCUCUACUAAGGGUCUCACGAUGGGAUUUGAACGUCCCUGCAGGAGAGCUUCUGUUUUGGGAUAGCUCAUUGUAUUUGUCCUCUGCUGUUUUUCGGAUUCUUGUUUUUUUUUUUUUGUUUUGUUUUUUUGUUUUUUUUUUGGUGUCCUUUUGAAGCAAUAACUCCAAAGAGAAUAUAUCAUGGACUACAAGGAAAGCUGCCCAAGUGUAAGCAUUCCCAGCUCUGAUGAACACAGAGAGAAAAAGAAGAGGUUUACUGUUUAUAAAGUUCUGGUCUCAGUGGGCAGGAGUGAGUGGUUUGUCUUUAGGAGAUAUGCAGAGUUUGACAAGCUUUAUAAUACUUUGAAGAAACAGUUUCCUGCCAUGGCUCUUAAAAUUCCAGCCAAGAGAAUAUUUGGUGAUAAUUUUGAUCCAGAUUUUAUUAAGCAAAGAAGAGCAGGACUGAAUGAAUUCAUUCAGAAUUUAGUUAGGCAUCCAGAGCUUUACAACCAUCCUGAUGUCAGAGCAUUCCUUCAAAUGGACAGUCCAAAACAUCAGUCAGAUCAAUCCGAAGAUGAGGAUGAAAGAAGUUCUCAGAAGCUACACUCUACCUCACAAAACAUCAACCUGGGACCAUCUGCAAAUCCUCAUGCUAAACCAACAGACUUUGAUUUCUUAAAAGUUAUUGGAAAAGGCAGCUUUGGCAAGGUUCUUCUUGCAAAACGGAAACUGGAUGGAAAAUUUUAUGCUGUCAAAGUGUUACAGAAGAAAAUAGUUCUCAAUAGGAAAGAGCAAAAACACAUUAUGGCUGAACGUAAUGUGCUUUUGAAGAACGUGAAACAUCCAUUUUUGGUUGGAUUGCAUUAUUCUUUUCAAACAGCUGAAAAGCUUUAUUUUGUUCUGGAUUUUAUUAAUGGAGGGGAGCUAUUUUUUCACUUACAAAGAGAGCGGUCCUUCCCUGAACAUAGAGCUAGGUUUUACGCUGCUGAAAUCGCCAGUGCACUGGGCUACCUGCACUCUAUCAAGAUUGUAUACAGAGACUUGAAACCAGAAAAUAUUCUUUUGGAUUCAGUUGGGCAUGUUGUCUUAACAGAUUUUGGGCUUUGUAAAGAAGGAAUCGCUAUUUCUGACACCACAACAACGUUCUGUGGGACACCAGAAUAUCUUGCACCUGAAGUAAUUAGGAAGCAACCCUAUGACAAUACUGUCGAUUGGUGGUGCCUUGGUGCUGUUCUCUAUGAGAUGCUGUAUGGUUUGCCUCCUUUCUAUUGCCGAGAUGUUGCUGAAAUGUAUGACAAUAUUCUUCACAAGCCCUUAAGUUUGAGGCCUGGAGUAAGCCUCACAGCAUGGUCCAUUCUGGAAGAACUUCUAGAAAAAAAUAGGCAAAAUCGACUCGGUGCCAAAGAAGACUUUCUGGAAAUUCAGAAUCAUCCUUUUUUUGAAUCACUCAGCUGGUCUGACCUUGUACAAAAGAAAAUUCCACCACCAUUUAAUCCAAAUGUGGCAGGACCAGAUGAUAUCAGGAACUUUGAUGCGGCAUUUACAGAAGAAACAGUUCCAUAUUCUGUGUGUGUAUCUUCGGACUAUUCUAUAGUGAAUGCAAGUGUGCUGGAGGCUGAUGAUGCCUUUCUCGGUUUCUCUUAUGCUCCUCCAUCAGAAGAUUUAUUUUUGUGAGCAGUUUGCUGUCCAGAAAUCAUUGAAAUAAUAUAAGCCUGCAGAGGGGACUGAAACUCCUGUUUGUGUGAAUAUAUUCAAAUGUUUAAUUAGUGCCUCAUUUUUACAUGUAAUGUUGAAAACUGAAAAAUGUAUUUUCUGCUGUAUGCAAGAAGAUAGGGCAUUUCAAAGAGCUAAGUUUUGAAUUAAAAUUUGUAUUCUUACUAAGUUUAUUUUUAAAACAGAAGUUUUGAGAGCUAUUGUUCUUAGCAUUAGCCUAUUUUUAAAGAAAGCCUUUUUUCCUACUGUUUUGCCCCCUUAAGUUUACACUAACAUAUACUCAAGAUAGACUAUUUUUAAUAGCCUGUCUUAUACGUAUUAAUGCCUUUGUAACUCUUCUUUGACUUUUGUUCUCUGAUCAGAACUAUGCAAGUGGUACAUGAUUGUUUAAGAAUCUUUCUUUAAUAAAUCACUGUUUGAUAUGAUCAGUUCUCAGUAGCAUUUAAAUGUAAAAACAUAGUUAACAUAUGGGCUGCUAAUUAACACUUUGAAUGACUAUCAUUCUGCAGAUAAAACUAAUAAGUACCAAAAGCAAAUCAUUUGCAUUUGAUAGACCAACUCAAAUUUGUGAAUGUUUUUCUAUGUAGGAAAGUAAAAAUUAAUGAAGUUUUAACUUCCCAAAGAUCUGAAAGGUAAUAAAGUAUUGCUGGGUUUGUAUCUAGGUUGUGCCAAGAGUGAAUGCCUCUGUGUCAUGUACGAAUAUUACAAAUGCAUUCUAUUUAUGUUCUUUGUUUUUUUAAUGUUUAGUAUAUUGUUACAUGAAAUCUAAAUCUUAAACCUUGAUAUUUGCCUUUUCAAAUAACUAUUCAAAACUGUCUUCCUAAUUGAAAGUAAGAUAUGUAGCUUUCAAAUUAUUGAGCUAAUUGAGAAUUAAAAUAUAGAUUAGAAAAUUCUAGGUAUACAACAAAUAUAUGCAGUUUCAUUGCAGCAUACUGGAAAUUUAAAAUAAAUCAGACAGUAGAUCUUUCUUAGAAACAUUGUAAGCUCACCUCAAAAACCAUAGUUAAAAACCAACUAACUAGUUACUUGUAAAAGAGAAUACAGAAAAACCUUAAGAGAAUUCUUUCUUAGAAUUUUGAUUCUUAAGAUUAGAGAUUUUUUUUAAAGUUACAUGGGAAAUGAUGUGAAAGUUUAGUGAACCAGUUUAUAUGCUUGCAGAACAAGCAUCUUGUCAUCUACUAAUUGUUGAAAAAGAAAUAGCAAAAGCAUUUCACAUCAAUAUCCUAUACCCUUUGGCUUACAUACAGUGGAGUAGAGAGUAUAUUUUUAUCAGCCUAAUUAUAUUUGUGUCCCAUACACUGAAUCUUCCUUAAGUGGUAAGACUUUAAUAGUGACACUGUAAAUGCUUGAUUUACUUGAUACUACUAUAAGUUCUGCUUUUAUACAAAGAUUCUUGCUUAUUAUCAAGCAAAAUAGAAUCUAGUUUUCAUAUAAUUUUUUUUACUCAGUCACUUCUUAAAAAUUAAAUUGCAAUAUUGUACGUCUUUAACAAUGAAUUUAAAGUAAAAUGUUAAUGUUUAUCAGAUCACAAUACAAAUCUUAAACAGAAUAAUUAAAUUAACAGAAAUAUUGCUGACCAGUUAACGCCUGACAUUAUUUUAAAUUAACAUUUUUCUUGAUCACAAUAGUCAUUACAAAAAUGAAUUAUGUAUAUUAACUGUGAGAACAUCUAAAAGUUUAACAAAGUAUUGAGAGACAUAAAAAUUCCUAGAUUAUUAUGAGGUGAUUUGUUCAAUAGUCAGGGCACAGACUCCAUCCUGAGGUUUAGAUUUCUUUUUUCUCUGCUAACAUGUGCUAAGCCUUUUAGAAAAAUGUGUGACCCACUCCCAGAAGCUUAAAGAAUAGGAAAACUAUCAGGGGAGGGGAUGGGAUAUGGAGUUAUGGUGGUGAGAAUACCCCUCUUAUCCUAUGGUCUUGUCAGUGUUUCCAUUUUAUAAAUAAAUAAAUAUAAAAAUUUUAAAGAAAAGAAGAAAAAUGUGUGACAUUUGAAUAGUUGAGCCAUUUCAUGACUGUUACCAAAAUAAACUCAAAGGUUUAAAUGGU